AUGGAAAGCUUUAAUAAAAAUACCGUAGAAGAAGAUUACUAUUUAAAGUUGAAAAAUUUAAAAAAACAAAUUGAUAUUUUAAAUAUUCAAGAAGAAUAUAUCAAAGAGGAGCAUAAAAAUUUGAAAAGAGAAUUAAUAAGAUCAAAAAAUGAAAUAAAAAGAAUACAAAGUGUCCCAUUAAUAAUAGGUCAAUUUUUAGAUAUUAUAGACAAUAAUUAUGGAAUAGUUAGUAGUACUGCAGGUUCUAAUUAUUAUGUAAGAAUAUUAUCAACAUUAAACAAGGAGGAUCUUAAACCAUCAGUAAGUGUAGCAUUGCAUAGACAUAGUCAUUCAAUAGUAAAUAUUUUACCAUCAGAAUCAGAUAGUAGUAUACAAUUAUUACAAGUAACAGAAAAACCAAAUGUUAAAUAUACAGAUUUAGGUGGUUUAGAUACACAAAAACAAGAGAUGAAAGAGGCAGUUGAAUUACCAUUAACAUGUCCUGAAUUAUAUGAAAAAAUAGGUAUAGAACCACCUAUGGGAAUAUUAAUUUAUGGUCCACCUGGUACUGGAAAAACAAUGUUAGUUAAAGCCGUUGCUAAUGAGACAAAAGUUACUUUUAUAGGAGUUGUUGGUUCAGAAUUUGUCCAAAAAUAUUUAGGAGAAGGACCAAGAAUGGUUCGUGAUGUUUUUAGGUUAGCAAGAGAAAAUUCACCAUCAAUUAUUUUUAUUGAUGAAGUUGAUGCAAUUGCUACGAAAAGAUUUGAUGCGCAAACAGGUGCUGAUAGAGAAGUUCAAAGAAUACUAUUAGAAUUAUUAAAUCAAAUGGAUGGUUUUGACAAAUCAACAAAUGUUAAAGUUAUUAUGGCUACUAAUAGAGCUGAUACAUUAGAUCCAGCAUUACUGAGACCAGGAAGAUUAGAUAGAAAAAUAGAAUUUCCCUUACCAGAUAGAAAACAAAAAAGGUUAAUUUUUCAAACUAUUAUUAGUAAAAUGAAUGUUAGUAGUGACGUUAAUAUUGAAAAUUUUGUAGUCAGAACUGAUAAAAUUAGUGCAGCUGAUAUUGCUGCUAUAGCACAAGAAGCUGGUAUGCAAGCCAUUAGAAAAAAUCGUUAUAUUAUCACUGCUAAUGAUUUUGAACAGGGUUAUAGAACUCAUGUUAGAAAACAAUUAAGAGAUUAUGAAUUUUAUAAUAUAUAA